ACACGACCGUUCAGUUGCCCACACACCGCGGCCGUACGCGAAAUGCCCGUGAACUGCGUUGUUGUUGUUGCCGCGACGAACCGGACGCCUGGUGCUCCCGCGUUCUGAACCGUUUUCCCCGACGUUCGGCCCGACGCUGCUGCGACACGCCAACGAACAGCCGUGGGAGAGUUAUGACCGGUGGAGGAUCAUGGAGUGAAUUGCGUGAGGCGUAGCAGCCUUGGGACAGACGACAAAAGACCGUACUACGGUCCGCGGGAAACGUGUCUCGCAGUCGUGUACGUCAUGUUCAAUCCACCGAAACUUCAUAAGCACGACUUCAACGGGUUCAUGACGAUGAUGGCCACGUUGAUCGAGACCACGGUGAAGGGCGACGGAGUCGGUAUCGGGUGGCCGGACUUCAACCCUAACGAUACGAUAGGCGAAGGUGGCAACGGCGAUGGUGACGAGCCGUCUAACGGUGGCGGUGGCGUCGGCAUGCGCAAACUCCCGUUCAACUUGACGGUCAAACAGGCGUUGGACGUGAUAUUCGAGAACCAGCUGAACGCGGACCAGGUGCUGGUGCUCUACCUGGAGGUGGCCAUUGUGGUCGCGUAUGGCGUGCUGUUUGUCAUCGGGCUCGUGUCCAACGGGCUGGUGUGCUUCGUCGUGUUUCGGCAAUGCGGCAAGAAGAACCUGCCCAGCCAGGGCCCAUCGCCGCGCAACCUGUACAUCGUCAACCUCGCAUUCGCCGACAUAAUCAUGUGCGUGGUGUGCAUGCCGUUCACGUUGUGGGCCCUUAUGUCCCGCCGGUGGACCUGGGGCUUGAUCAUGUGCAAGACCGUACCGGCCGCCCAGGGUGCCAAUAUCACCGUGUCGGCGUGCACUAUAACCGCCAUCGCCCUGGACAGGUACUUCACGAUAGUCCGGAACCCUCGGGGCUCGAUGUUCCGGUGCAGCGUGGCCAAAACGCUGGUGCUCAUCUGGUUGGUGUCGUUCGCGGCCAUGGUGCCGUUGCUGCUGUACCAGCACGUCGAGGUGGUACAUGUGGGCCCGGUGCACCUGUACGAGGCGUGCGUAGAGAAGUGGCCGUCGCCCGUCGCCCAGCAGACGUUCACCGUCGGCCUGGCCGUCGCCCAGUUCGUGUUGCCGUUCACCACCAUAUCGCUGAUACACCUCAAAAUAUCCUCGUACCUGACCGUGCACCUCAAGCACCCAGCCCUCCCGUCCAAGGAGAUCAGCUGCAGGCGAGUGCGCAGGGAGCUGAGCCGGAACAAGCGCACGAUGUGGAUACUGUCGUCGAUCGCAGUGGUGUUCGCGCUCAGCUGGUUGCCGCUGACGGUGUUCACGUUGCUGGUCGAAUUCCAGCCGCACCUGAUCAAGUCCACGGACGUGCUGUACAAGGUGUUCGCGUGCGUGCACAUGAUGGCCAUGUCCACUACGUGCACGAACCCGCUGCUGUACGGCUGGCUGAACACCAACUUCCGGCGGGACAUAUCCGGCAUAUGCCGGCAGAUGUGGUACUGCGGGGACCAGAAGCCGCCGCCCAGGCGACGGCGGUACCCGUCCGUGGCCACCGACUACCGCGGCCCGAACGACCGGCGGCCGGGCCCGGGGUCCGAGGUGCCGUGCCGGAGGAAUCAUCAUCACGACGCGGAGACGACCGGGCUGUCGAUCGUGGUGAAGAGCGACCGGCGGUUCAGCACCAGUUACCUGACCACGCUCACCACGGUCACGUCCCGGUCGCAGCCGGGCUCCAGCACCGUGGGCCGCGCGGAUAACGUGUAACGGCCACUGCCGGCGUAGUCCCCUCCCGUGAGUAAUCUAUCGCUGCAGCACAGAUCACGUCUGCUCGGAUGACUGCUCAACCCUUAAGCGCACCGACCAAUACUACCCAAUCCAUACAUGCGUGUGUGCUUAUUGAAAUACGUACGAUGUGUGUAUAGAAAGAAAAAUAGAUAGAUUGAAAGAGUGAGAGAGAAAAUAUUAUAAUUAUCAUUGUAAACCCCAAACGGCAUUUUCCGUUAAUCCCGAGCAUCAUUUUCACUGUGGCGGCACACGAUAUAAGCGUGGUUUAUUUUCAUUUUUCAUUUUUUUUUUUUCGUGACGGUGGGGGAGGCGAAAAAUUUAUUUUUAUACGUAACGAAUCCCUCGCAAACGCACGGGGAUGGUACAUUUUUUGUAA